AUGAUUAUGAAGAUGCAGAGAAUUACAGCUGUUUGGCCUAAGGUUAUGGUGAUUCUUUUAACUGGUGAUAACACUAACUCUGUUGAGGGAUGUCUCAUUCAAGCAUUUUUCAUGAUAACUUUAAAGAUCUCGAGAAAUUCAAGAAAGAAAGCAUUUGAAACUUGCACUCCCCAUUUGAUUAUCUUUAUCAAUUUUUCAUUCGUCUCAAUCUUCUUUGUCAUUUAUGUUCGUUUCUAUCCAAAUUUCCAACACUUGUUUCUAUCCGUAUCUUACAACCUUUUCCCUCCACUGUUGCACCCACUUGUAUAUGGCAUAAGAAAUAAGGAGACAAGACAGAGCUUCUCCAAAAUCAGGAGGAAGGUCAUUUUCGCCCUUGGAUCAUGCAGUGGCCAGUACAGUAUGGCCAGUGUUGUGCUCUUGAGCAAGACACUUAACCUCAUGUUGCACUGGUCCAUCAUCACUCUCGCAAACCCCCAGGACCCUGGCCAGCUUCCAUUCAUUGCGGCAGACUUCAUCAUCCUUUACGAUUACAAUGUCCCCAACCUGCACAUUCCUCCUAGGAGAAUGCCACCGUUGCCUUAG